ACACACACACACACACACACACACACAUGAACAAGAUGCCCUGAGAGAAAGUCUCUCAGUAAAGGAAGCGACGACCCCUGCAAGCUGCAUAUAUUUGGGAAGAGCCAAAUUCACAGCCAAUAGGAAGCCGAUAUCCCCCUUCCUAUGGUGGAGCGGCCCGUGCAGGAGCCUUGGAGCGCAGAAAUGGAGUUCUUAGUCCAAUCAAGGAGCCGAAGCGAGUGACUGUUCCACUCGUGCCCUGCAAUGACCUAAAUGCCCUUCUACCCAUCUACCCCCACGGUCCCGUCAUUUCAUGGUCCCAAUGAAGCCAGUUGUAAGACAUUAAAAAGCCAUAAACAUGCUGGGCAUGUACGUGCCAGACAGAUUUUCCCUGAAGUCUUCCAAAGUCCAAGACGGGAUGGGGCUGUAUACGAGCAGGCGAGUCAAAAAGGGGGAGAAGUUUGGUCCUUUUGCUGGAGAAAAGCGGAUUCCCAAUGAGGUGGAUGAAGACAUAGACAACAGAUUAAUGUGGGAGGUCCGGGGAAACAAAGGAGAAGUGCUGUAUGUUUUGGAUGCAACAAAUCCACGUCACUCCAAUUGGUUACGAUUUGUCCAUGAAGCUCCUUCACAAGAGAAGAAGAACUUGGCAGCUAUUCAGGAGGGGGAGAACAUAUUCUAUCUAGCAGUUGAUGACAUAGAAACAGAUACUGAAUUACUAAUUGGUUACUUGGAUAGUGACAUGGAAGAAGCUGAAGAAGAAAAUACAGAGAUUAUUAAUGUAGUCAGCAAAGAAGAGGAUGACAACAUAAAAGAAAGUCAGCAGCCAUCUGAAAAAGAAUACGUAACAUGUAAGGAGGACCAUCGAUGUCCUCAUUGUGAAUCAAGUUUUCCAAGUCAAGAGAUUCUGGCAGAACAUCUUCAGGCUCUGCAUCAGAAGCCUGUUGAAGAGAAAGAAUUUAAAUGCAGAAACUGUGGCAAGAAAUUCCCUGUGAAACAGGCUUUGCAGAGACAUGUACUCCAGUGUACUGAGAACAUUAUCCACGGGGACUCUUCAAGCAGUUAUCAGUGUUCGGUUUGCAAUAGCUCCUUCAGCUCUUCGUUGAGUCUGGAGCAGCACAAAGAGGCCUGCAAAGGAGAUGCAAGGUUCAUUUGCAAGGCUGAUAGCUGUGGAAAGAGAUUCAGAAGCAAAGAUACACUGAAAAAACACAAAGAAAAUGUCCAUACAGGAAACGCUAAGAAAAAGCUUAUGUGCUCCGUGUGCAAUAAGAAAUGUUCCUCGUCACUCAAUCUACAAGAGCAUCGAAAGGUUCAUGAGAUCUAUGAGUGUCAGGAUUGUGACAAGAAAUUUAUCUCAGCUAACCAGCUUAGACGGCAUAUGAUUACCCACUCAGAAAAGCGCCCCUACACAUGUGAGGUUUGCUGUAAGUCCUUCAAACGACUUGAUCAAGUGACCGCACAUAAAAUUAUUCACAGCGAAGACAAACCUUAUCAGUGCAAGCUCUGUGGAAAAGGAUUUGCCCACAGAAAUGUUUACAAGAAUCACAAGAAGACUCAUUCUGAAGAAAGACCAUUCCAGUGUGAGGAAUGUAAGGCUUUGUUCCGCACACCAUUCUCACUGCAGAGACACCUGCUAAUACAUAACAGUGAGCGUACCUUUAAAUGUGAUCACUGUGAUGCCACAUUUAAAAGGAAAGAUACAUUAAAUGUACAUAUUCAGGUGGUACAUGAUGGUCACAAGAAGUACAAAUGUGAUUUAUGUGACAAAGCCUUUGUUACUCCUUCCGUACUUAAGAGUCAUAAAAAAACGCACACGGGGGAAAAAGAGAAAAUAUGCCCUUACUGCGGCCAGAAGUUUGCAAGCAAUGGUACACUUAGAGUUCAUAUUCGAAGCCACACAGGUGAGCGCCCUUACCAGUGUCCCUACUGUGACAAAGCAUUCAGUAAGAAUGACGGGUUAAAGAUGCACAUCAGGACACACACAAGGGAAAAGCCAUACCAGUGUUCUGAGUGCAACAAGGCUUUCAGCCAAAAAAGAGGUCUAGAUGAACACAUGAGGACCCACACAGGAGAAAAACCAUUCCAAUGUGAUGUUUGUGAUCUGUCGUUUAGUCUUAAAAAAAUGUUAAUCCGACACAAGCUGACUCACAACCCUAAUCGUCCAAUGGCAGAAUGCCAGCUCUGUCACAAGAAGUUUACAAGAAAUGACUACCUCAAAGUACACAUGGAAAACGUUCAUGGUGAAACAGAUAGCUAAUUCUCAAUGGCCAGUACUUAUGUGUGAAGCUUAAUCCUGCCCACUUCUGAAAUACCAGGUUUGAAGAAUAGGAAUUAUCUGACUGUAACGUUAUUAUUUAUGUAGCAUCAAUAUAUAUAUAUCACAGUGCCAUACACAAUAACUAUAGGGAUAAAAUGUAGUUGAUGUUGGAAAAACUGAUGUUGAUCGUAUCCCAACAUCUCAUGUGAAACAGUAGCUUGAAACCCAAAACCUUAUUGUGGGGUAGGGAUGCUGUGAGUUCAGCCACAUCUAAAAACAAAACUUCAUAUAGUUCUAUGAUAUCUGUAAAUGUUAUAUUAACAACAAAGCACAUUUUAGCCUGCCUGUUCCAUCAUAAUGCCUUGAACGCUUACAUAUUGUAAGUCAUACAUCUGAUAGCUAUUUACUAUAUUAAUCAGGGGCAGAACAAUGAUUGGUUUAUUAGGAAUUGCAUCCCAAGCAAUUUUAGAAACCUAUUAAAUAUUACCAUUAUAAAAUGAUGGUAACUAUCCUGGGUCCAUAUAUUCUGCAGUGCAAAGUCAGUAAUGCAGAGUUUCUUGUCCUCUACAUUUUUCUUGUACCAAUGGUAAUAACUGAAACUUGGGUUCCUAGUGGUUUUAGAACCAAAUUAGUGAAACAAACUUUGGACAAGCCUGAUGUACCUUAACAUUGUUCUCAUGAAAACUGAUAACUUUCAGGUGUCAAAAUGUGAUGUUUCACUUCAAUUGUUUCUCACAUUUAAAUGUAAUUGUAUUGUAUUCUUGUAACUAUCCAUUCAUCAACCAGCUCUCUUCAAUUUUCUAAAACAUUUUAGUGUUGACAAUAAACACAUAAAAA